UAACACCUUAGCUACAGAAGCUGGGAUAUGAUCAUAUAAACAAACGCGUUAAGAGCAUUACAAUCCGAGAGUUUAAGCAUUGUCCCAAUGAGCGUGAGCAAGAGACUGAAAAUGAACCCGCUAACUCGGGGAUGCGAUGCUGGCGAAUCGGGGAUACUUAAUGAACGCAUACUCCUGCUAGUCUUCGAGUCCGUAAAAUGGGACCUCCACGCUCUUUGCGCCAUGGCUUCUGUGAACCGCAAGCUCCGCGCCAUAGCCAAACGGUUGCUAUGGCGAGAGUUGUGUGUGUAUCGAGCACCGCGCAUGUUAGUAGCAUUGACAAACGGUGCGCCCAAUGCUCCCUUUGGAGACAGUUGGCAAGCGCUUGCGAAGCUCAUGUUCUACUGUUGCGGUUGUGAGUCAACUCAAAACUUCAAUGUGAGUCAACCCUCCCCAGGUCAUUUCGUCAAAACUUCUCGUUUUUCUAAAACGUCGGGUCGGAGCUUUCUAAGCAAGAAAUGCCAGGGGGAUUUAUUGUUCGUGAGCGACCCGUGUGAGCAUCCAACGCGAGACAAUGAAGAUGAUUUGGGGAUAUACAGGGGGGUUUUUCGAGGAUUUAUGAAAUCAAGAACGAGAGCGUGUUUAAUUAGACGGCAAGUAGAGCUAGAAAAGAGAGUGAGGUGCACUUACUGUGGGUUUCGCGUGUGGAGUAUGACUUCAGCUGGCCUGGUGCCUAAAAGCGCGGCUAGGCGGCUUGGGUCGCGCGAGGGUGGGUUGGAGUAUUUUGUUUGUUUAAAUGGCCACUUGUAUGGGACUUGUUGGCUUGUGCCGCUGUCGUCCGAUGAAGAUAAUGGUGUUGUUGCUGGUGAUUGCAGUCAUGAUGAUGAUUGUGGUGGUGACUAUGAUAAUCGGACGGUGGCGGAAGGCAGUUCGAGCUCGAUGGUUGAAGAGUUUGCAGAGCAAUGGACCACGAAUUGAUAGCAGCCAUGGCUUAAGGCCCAUAUUGAUAUUGUAAUAGUAGGGCCUGGUAGUGUUAGAUUGUGAUUAGGCUGACAUGGAUAUUUGAUCUUUCCGUUUUAUGUAGUGGGGAUAUUUAUCUAAUAUAAUUCAGAUUGGCAGAUUGGUAUCA